CCCUGUCGACGGACCACCCUCUCGCUAGGGGGCGCACUCGCCCGUUUCAUCACCGGAAACGCUGGUGUUAUCUUCCGGAGAGCAGGGGACUAAGCAUCGGCUGCUGCGUCUUGUCCUCGUACACGCCUAAAUCUGCUGAAAUAACUGUUCUUUCCUCAGUUUCUCGGCCCGAUCCACACCGUCCAGGCCCCAUGGGGAGAAGCAGAAGCCGCAGUCCGGCCCGCCGAGAGAGACGCCGAUCUCGCUCAGCUUCGAGAGAUCGCGAGAGGAAGCGGAGAGAGAGGGAGCGUUCCCGCUCACGUGACAGAGACAGGCGGAGGAGCCGCUCGCGCUCCGGCCACAGGCGGCGUUCCAGGUCCCCCCCGCGCCGCGCCCGGUCCGAGUCUGACUCCCCCUCCAGGCUGAAGGAGGCCAAGGAGAAGGAGGUGAAGCCCAUUGAGAUCUCAGCUGAAGACAUGAAAGACAAAACCGAAGAAGAGAUCGAAAUGAUGAAGACGAUGGGAUUUGGCUCCUUUGACACCACCAAGGGAAAGAAAACCAAAGGCUCGGUGAAUGCACAUGCUACAAAUGUUUCCCAGAAGAGAAAAUACAGGCAGUAUAUGAACAGGAAAGGUGGCUUCAACAGACCGCUGGACUUCAUCGCUUGAGGGCAGUUUGUGAAGAUGCUCGUAUAUCAACGCUCGUUUUUUCAUUUUGAUCUUGUGUGAGAAGUAGUCCUUUUUUUUUUUUUUUUUUUUUUUCUCCAGACUUCUAUGUGAGGGGAAAUAGUCUGUAAAUAUUUUUACCAAUUUAUGAAACUAUGACAUUGCAUUUUUUGACAGCUGGGGAAGAGAUGUCUGCAUCCAUGUACUUUUCAUAUGAAACAAUAAAACAUUAAACAACAAUAAUGAUGCAUUGUGCAUUUAAUCAAUAUACAGA